AUGAUUAACAGGAAGCGCUCAUACUCAUCACGUUCCCGUUCCAGGUCAUCAGGAUUCUAUACACCAAGACGAAAAAACCGGUCCAGAUCCAAUGAACGCUCUAAGUUCAGUUCUUCGUUGAAAGAAAGAAAUCGACAGAGGUCACAUUCAAAAAAUCUUGACUACAGUCCUCGACGUUCUUUAAGUCCUGCUGAGCGAAAGUCGAAGUUUUCAAGGCUUAGAAAACCUGAAAUACAAUCAAGUGUUAAUCCAAUCGCGGACUUUCAGACUGAAGGUGUACGAAGCACUGCACGUGAUUCACAUUCUCCUAUAUCUUUAACAGAACGUUUCACUCGUCUGACAAAUUCAGGGACGGCUGUAUACAAUAAACGCAGGUAUGGUCGUUUUGGAGAUAACCAUCGUCUUCCACAUCUUAUACUUACCAAUAAUACAAAGCUCCCCCCAGCAACUCUUAUGCGUCAGGCUAAAGAAAUUUCAAUUGUCAUAGAGCGAACAUUUCCUCUUAAUAUGGACUUAUCAACACAUGAAAAACCUGUGACAUUUGAUUUUCGUCAUAGUCACAUUGUAAUCCCACGUCGUCCCAAUGAAGGUUACAAACCUGUAUUUGAUCGUCCUGGAUUAAAGUUUUACAAUACUGAAGCGGAUGAAGUCCAGAUUUACAAACGUUUAGUGGACACGAUUUCCUCCUCAAAUACACGAAGAUCCAAUAAUAUGGACAACAAAAAAGAAAGUGAGUAUCACGACAUAAGUCAUUUUACAGGUCCCGGUCGAUUUUAUGGCAGUCGAGUAGAUGAACGUUUGAUGGAUUCAAAGCGUACUUAUCCGUUGGAUCCUUCAGAAACUCCGAAAGGACAUUCUUAUUAUCUUCAUGAUGAUCGAACAGAUGAUGGGUAUGGUCCGAGGCGUCGAUGGAAUAAUAAAUCCGAUCGUUUAUACUCUUCUAGUUACCAACGUGAUCGUCGAUCUCGCCGCACUUCUCCUUCACCACGAUCAUCUCGUUCUGAAAUUAAACCGAAAAAGUGGCUCCACGACAAAUUUGAAGAGAUGGAAGGGGACAAUAGUUCACAAAAACCGAUCCCAAUGCCUGUUCCUGCUCCCAAACCUAUAUUAUGGUCUACUAUUGGUAAGGAAAUCUUGAAUGGAAAUAAAACUGUUGUAAGUGAUGACCAAAAUUACAGCCCGAAUAGUGCCGCCAAUCAAUCACCGCUAACAGACAACGAAAAUACUACGAAUACACUAGAGACAAAAGUACAAUCAGUUGUGGCCAAUUCAACUGUUCGUAGUAAUGAAAAAGUUUCUACCAAAGAAGAGCAUUUCAACAGUGAAGUUUUCCAUCUAGAUGUUGAUCAUGUAUUUGACGAAGCUAUUGAACGAUGA